AUUGUCAAUCGAACAUCAAAAUAUUAUACGUAGGUAUAGAAAAGGUUAGGUAUGUUUUGAUGUUAUUUAUCUGAGGAAAUACUUCUUUAUUGUUACAAAAUUGCAACUAACUAAAAUUCUAACUCAAAAUGCCACCAUUGGAAGGAAAUAUCCAAGAUCUGGAUGAGAAAAGCAUACAAAAUAUUGUGAAAUUCGUAUCCGAUGUUAGAACUGGGUAUAAAAUUACAAGGCUCCAACAAGAUCGCUGUGGCCACUGUGACACUAUUGGAACAAAUAAUCACAGAGGCGCCAAAUACAAGUGCAUUAGCAGCGAAUAUUCCGGCGAAUCUCUCCAACGCCUAGUGUUGGCGGCGUCCAGUCGACGCGCGACUCUACCGUCGAAUCAUGACCUAAGGGAGCCUAUUAGGGACCACAUAGCCGAGCUUCUAGCGGAACUAGAGUCAAGUACCUCAUCAAUAUGCGGUCAAGCGAAAGAGCACAUACACGCAGACGAAGUGAUUCUAACGUAUGGCGCUAGUGUAGUAGUGGAGAAGUUUAUAAAGUCCUCCGGGACGAAUAAAGUGAAGCUCGUCGUGGUUGAGGGGCCACAGGUUGCUGAGGCGGCAGCAAUGGCGGCCCGUCUCAGCGCGCUCGGUGUCAACGUGACGUAUGUCAAUGGCGCUGCUGUUGGCGCGCUAAUGCCGAGAGUUACAGUACGAUUCACUAAAGAAUACCACAAAUGGCGGCCGUCUGCGCACAUACAUUCACGAAGAAAAGACUUAAGACAAAAUAAUAUUUUAAUGUUGGUGGUAGUGGGGGUUAGAGCAGCCCUCGCGGGGGGUGCGGUUUUGGGGGAGGGGGGGCUGCUAGCAGUUACUACGGCUGCGAGACAUUAUAGCGUGCCGGUGGUGGUACUAUCGCCGCUAUACAAGAUGUCACCACUGUACUCGUGUAACCACACGCACUUCAACGAACUCGCCCCGCCCUACACUGCACUACCGUAUAUGAGUGGGGAGAGCGCAGUGACGCAGGUGUUCGCGCCGAUGUAUGAUUUUGUGCCGCACGACCAUGUCACAUUGUUUGUUACUAACUUAGGAGGCAGUUCUCCAUCUUAUAUUUAUCGUCUCCUGUCAGAGUUGUACGAUCCAAAUGAUUAUCAAAUUUAAAUGGAGAGCUUGUAAAUAUAAUAUAUUAUUGGAAA